AUGACUGAUGUUUGUUGUCCACAUUGCAAGGCGUUUAAAUGGUCUGGAGAAACACCUGGUAUGUGCUGCUCUAAUGGUAAGGUCAAAUUGGCUCCACUUCGGCUUCCCCCUGAACCAUUGGAAUCACUAAUGUUGGGAGAAACGUCUGAAUCGAAACAUUUCUUGGAUAACAUUAGAAAAUACAAUUCCUGUUUUCAAAUGACAUCAUUUGGGACAUCAGAAAAGGUGACUGACACCGGCUUCAUGCCUACCUUCAGAGUUCAGGGUCAAGUAUACCAUCGUGUAGGAUCUCUGUUGCCACCUUCGAAUGCAGAACCUGUGUUUCUUCAAAUUUAUUUUAUGGGUGACGAUACCAAACAAGUAAAACAACGUUGCAAAAAUUUGCCUGGCGUACGUGAAGAUAUUGUCAAGAAACUGCAGCAAAUGGUUCAUGAACACAAUAGUUAUGUGCAGUCGUUCAAGCUUGCCAUUCAAAGAAUGCCUUCAGAUCAAUACAAGGUGGUGAUUCGAGCAGACAAGACACCUCUUGGAGAGCACGCACGACGCUUCAAUGAGCCAGUGACAAAUGAAAUUGCGGUCGUCAUAGCUGGCAACGAAUUUGACAAACGAGAUAUUGUCUUGGAGAAGCAAAACGGUCAGUUACAGAGUGUGUCAGAGACACACAGAUCUUAUGACGCCUUGCAAUAUCCUCUUAUAUUUUGGGAAGGAGAAGAUGGCUAUCAUUUCUUCAUCGCACAAACUGAUCCCACAACAGGAUUACCUAUCGACCGCAAGAAAGUAUCGGCUAUGAACUUCUAUGCUUACAGAAUUAUGAUGCGAAAUGGAGAUAUCAAUCAUAUUUUACGCUGUCGACAACUUUUUCAUCAAUUUGUAGUUGAUAUGUACGCUAAGAUCGAAAGCGAACGAUUAGCUUUUCUACGCCAUAAUCAGAAAACACUCAGAGUGGAUGAGUAUAUUCACCUGAAGGAUGCGAUGGCCAUUGAUGGAAAUCCGAGCAAAGUUGGUCAAUUAGUGAUUUUACCAUCCACUUUCACUGGAAGUCCACGACAUAUGCACGAAUACACACAAGAUGCUAUGACCUACGUGAGAAACUACGGAAGACCUGAUCUCUUUGUGACAUUCACCUGCAAUCCUAAGUGGCAAGAAAUUCAAGAAGAGUUGCUGCCUGAACAAACUCCGUCCGAUCGUCAUGAUCUCUUAGCAAGAGUGUUCAGACAAAAGCUUAUGAAGCUGAUGAGUAUUGUUAACAAGAGCCAUGUAUUCGGGCCAACAAGAUGCUGGAUGUAUUCUAUCGAAUGGCAAAAGAGGGGGUUACCACACGCACAUAUUUUAAUAUGGCUAAAGGACAAGAUUACAUCCGAUCAAAUAGACAGUGUCAUCAGUGCAGAACUACCUGAUCCUCAACAAGAUCCACGUCUCUUUGAAAUAAUCACCAAAAAUAUGAUCCACGGUCCGUGUGGUGCUAUCAACCCUACGGCUCCAUGUAUGCAGGACAAAAAAAUAUGCACCAAAAGAUAUCCACGACAACUGGUACGUGAUACAGAAACUGGUGACGAUGGAUAUCCAUUAUACAGGAGAAGAAGUCCAGAAGAUGGUGGUAUCAAGACCGAACUCUCAGUAAGAAUUAACAAUUCCAUUCAAAAAAUUGAGAUAGACAACAAAUGGGUUGUGCCAUAUUCUCCAUUGCUCAGUCGAAUCUUUCAAGCUCAUAUUAAUGUCGAGUAUUGCAAUUCGGUGAAGUCAAUUAAAUACAUCUGCAAAUAUGUCAACAAGGGAAGUGAUCAGGCAGUGUUUGGUUUGGCGAGCGAUGGAAAAUCAAUUGAUGAAAUUCAGCACUUUCAAUUGGGUAGAUACAUCAGCAGUAAUGAGGCAAUCUGGCGAAUUCUCGAUUUUCCAAUUCAUGAACGAUCUCCAACGGUAGUUCAUUUAGCCGUACAUUUGGAAAAUGGUCAACGCGUCUUUUUUACGGAAGAUAAUGUGCAUGAAAGAGUUAAUGAACCACCAAAAACAACACUGACAGCAUUUUUCUUGCUCUGUCAGAAAGAUGACUUCGCCAAAACAUUACUGUACUCUGAGGUUCCCAAAUAUUACACAUGGGAUGCAUCUGGAAAAAUGUUUAAGCGGCGCGUUCAAGGACCUCCUGUGGCUGGCCAUUCAGGUAUUCACGAAACGGACGCUUUGGGUCGUGUCUACACUGUACAUCCCAACAACUUCGAUUGUUUUUGUGUACGACUCUUACUUCAUACGGUCAGAGGUCCUACUUCAUUCGUAGCUCUGCGAACUGUAAAUGGUCGAAUCUGUGAAACAUUUCGUGAGGCAUGUCGAUUACAUGGAUUGCUGGAAGAUGACCAGCAAUGGGAUGCCACGAUGUCUGAAGCAGCUACAGUUCACUCACCAGCAAGACUCAGAAAUCUAUUCGCACUCAUACUAACUACCUGUGCACCGUCUGAUCCAAAACAAUUGUGGGAGUCGCACAAAGAAAGCUUAACCGAAGACAUUCUUAGAGAAGCGCGCAGACAAAAUCCGGGCAUGAAUUUAAAUUAUACUCCAGAUAUGUUCAAUCAAGUGCUGAUUAUUCUCGAAGACAAAAUUCUGCAAUUGAUCGGUAAAAAGCUUGAGAAAUUUGAUCUUCCUACUCCUCAGCGAAAUCGUAGUAAUAGUUUGAGCAGCGAAAUGCUCAGAGAAACAAGUUAUGAUGUGAAAGAAUUGGAUGCCUAUGUAGCAGCAAAUGAACCGUUGUUAGUACCAGAUCAGAGAGCUGCGUACAACGCUAUUUUGGAUCUGAUCAAGAAGAAAGCUGGUGGAAUAAAAUUCCUUGAUGCACCAGGUGGAACAGGGAAGACAUUUGUCAUCAAUUUACUCUUGGCUAAAAUUCGAAAAGACUCAAAAAUUGCGAUUGCAGUCGCCUCUUCGGGUAUUGCUGCUACGCUGCUUCAAGGUGGUCGCACUGCUCACUCAACAUUACGGUUGCCUUUCAAGUUUGUGCACAAUGACCGUCAUCUGUGUAGUAUUCGCAAAGGAACUGGCGAAGCAAAGAUUUUAGAAGAAUGUGAACUUAUUGUAUGGGACGAGUGCACAAUGGCUCAGAGGUAUGCAUUAGAAGCAUUAAAUAAUACUCUACAAGAUCUUCGUGGUAAUGGAAAUGAUAUGGGUGGAGUAGUUGUACUCCUUGCUGGAGAUUUUAGGCAAACAUUACCCGUCGUUGAAAAAGGUACAAUGGCAGAUGAGCUCAAAGUUUGCUUGAAAUCUUCACAUCUCUGGAGACAUGUUAAAGUACUAACACUUACCACCAACAUGAGAGUUGCGUUACAAGGUGACGUAUCUGCCGGUCAGUUUGCUAAACAACUACUCGAGAUCGGAAAUGGCAAAAUACGAGCUGAUCCAGCCAAUGGACUCAUUAGUAUUCCAGAUAGCUUUUGUAACGUCGUUAAAUCGGUCGAAGAACUUAAGAAUAGUGUGUUUCCGAAUAUCCAAACUCAUUUCAAGGAUCAUACAUGGUUAUGUGAACGUGCUAUUCUAGCUCCCAAAAACGUGAACGUGAAUACUAUCAAUCUACAAAUACAACAACAGCUUCCUGGAGAAACUAAAUCUUAUAAGUCAAUUGAUACAACUACAAAUGUCGAUGUAGCAGUGCGGUAUCCGACUGAGUUUCUAAAUUCGCUGGAACCAUCUGGAAUGCCAACGCACAACUUACAGCUAAAAAUUGGCUCUUCCAUUAUGCUUCUGAGAAAUCUGGAUGCACCAAGAUUAUGCAAUGGUACAAGACUAUGUGUCAAAACUCUAAUGCCUCAUGUAAUCGAAGCAACGAUCAUGACAGGUUGUGCAAAAGGUGAGGAUGUAUUCAUACCAAGAAUACCCCUCAUCCCUACUGAUGACCUAAUUCCAUUUAAGCGACUUCAGUUUCCAAUACGUCUUGCCUUCGCGAUGUCCAUCAAUAAGUCUCAAGGACAAUCACUUAAAGUUGCUGGUGUCAAUUUAGAAACUCCUUGCUUUUCUCAUGGUCAACUUUAUGUGGCAUGUUCAAGAGUGGGAACUGGAAAGAACUUAUAUCUUCUUGCUCCUGAUAGGAAAACGAAAAACGUUGUGUACCAAACAGCUUUACAAUAA